UUGAACGAGCUAGAGCUCGCUAGCGGCGGGCCGGCAGCCAGGAGAGAGGCAGUCGUCAGUCGGGAAGCUAAUCUGAUCUGAUGGGGAACUGCGCGGCGUCGCGGCACGCCGGGGAGUCGUGGGCCGACGACGGCGAGUGGGAGGAGGCGUCGUCCACGUCGGAAGACGACCGCCACCGACGCCACGACGGGUCGGAGGAGCACCUGUCGGAGGUGACGAUCAGGAUCACCAAGAGGCAGCUGCACGAGCUGAUGGAGAGGAAGACGCCCGGCGGCCGGGGUAGCAGCACCCGGCAGCUGCUGGCAGACAUCAUGGACUCCGGGGAGGUGCACCACCAUGACGUGCACCGGGAGGAGCACUGGAGGCCCGCGCUGCAGAGCAUUCCGGAGGCCGUCGAGUCGUGACGAGACUUGGUGGUGGCUACGUACGUACUAGUACUUACGUACGCUGCACUGCCGAGCUCUCUGCGAAACAGAUUAAAGUUGUCGCACUCUGCCAUUUCCCUCCUAGCCUCUUUUCUCUUUUCUCGUUCCCACGGUGUGUUUCCAUGUCCUUGACUGG